GUGGGAAGAUAUCAAGGCCUAUUCCUCUCUGCGGCGUGAGUAUAUCUCUCUGUAUGUAGUGCUACUGCAAGAACGCGGAGAUACCGGAGCCCCAACCAACAGUGUGUUUGAGAAGCAGCAAUUAGGACGCCUGCGCGAACUAGAAUCGGGAUUAGAAAUCCCGGACCUGAUUUUAUAUCGGAAAUUGGCGCUGCGCACUUAUGCGAGUAAAGUGGUGGAGCAGAAAACGGUUGCUAAGCAAGCGGCUAGCAACCAGGGUGUGUACUGA